UUUAGGCAUGGACGAGAUUUCGUUCACGUUUACCACGGUAUUCUCGACAUUAGGAUUCCUCCUGAUCCAUCCUGGCCUAAAAUACCUCCACGUCGUUCGAGCAACAAUACCGACGACAUUAUUGAACCUCCGUGUGUGGUCACUUUGACAGGAACUCCUAAAAAAGGUCGCAGCAUAGUGCAACCUGUUGCAUGUCAACACCUGAAAUCAAAAUCAAGCCAAAAAUACGAAGCAAUCACGCAUAUAGGGAAAAGGCUGCCUGGCUGUUUCGAUCCGCGUUUUAGAAGGCAGAUAACGCGACAAAAAGCUGAGAAGCCAGAUGACGUCUGUAACACAAAACACGACAGACAAACACCAGAGUUAGAUAUUAAAAUCUUGCAAGAAACCGAGCAACACGAGGAUAAAUCGCGGGAAACGGGCGAAAGCGUGGAUGGUUUAUAUACAUCUGCACCGUGUCACGAUGUAGACACGUUAUUAUCAAGUGUUGGAAAAUCGACGAAGAAAACCACCGACAAACAAUCCAUUUUAGAGGCGAAACAUUGCCCUUGGAAUACGUCUUUGCAGCACGCGACUAACGAGCGACACGAUGUUGGAAGCGGAUUUAUUUCUCAAGGAGAAAAACAAGAGAGCAAUAGGCCGCUGCUUUUAAUGGUCGAUGAGAAAAAGAUACAUGCGUUACCUAUCGACAGUUUUAAUGUAGAAGCCACUUGUUUGUCCGCGCCCGCGCCAGCAUCAGCACCCGUUCGAGUUCCCGUAGUCGCCUAUCGCGAUAUAUCGAGGAUGCCUACGCAAAUGGAAAAGGAUGUUAAAAUGCCGUCGAUGUGCGAAAACGAUGCUGCGAGAGAAACUGUCGGAAAUAUCUGUACAAGAUCGACCAUUUCGAUGUGUAACUUGAAAGAGUCUAGGAAUGAAAAAUACCCACUUGAUGAUGUCGAGCGAUGUCAAAGUCAAGCGAAGAACAGCGACGGUAUCUAUAUCACGGAGAAGAAAACUAACAAAAGUAUUUCCAAGUAUUGCGACGGGCACAGUGCAAUAAUAAGCACUUCCGGUCGAAGAAUAUGCGAGAGAGAUAAGGAUACGUCGCGCGCGGAGAGAUACGUCGCAUCGAACGUAUCGUUGAAUCAGGAUGUCGGUAAAGAUAAAGAUCGUUACGGAAACUUUGCAUUAGACAACGCAUUAGACAAUAACGGUGAUGCGGACGACGCCGACGGUAGAAUACGUAGCUAUUCAAAUUUAAAUACCGCUGUAAGAUUGAAAAAUUUCCGUAAGGUUGAAAGUUGCGGUCAAAGCUGCGCGACGAUGCCGACGAUAGAUUCUUCUUCUAUCGCGGACGGAGAAUGCGACGAGAGAAAAAUGUCGAGCGAAAGAAAGAUGGUUACGUGUAAGACUUGGAUGACGCUGACCUCGGCGCGGGCGGGUCGGAUGAAGCAAACCGCGGUCGACCGAGACAAUGCGGGUUGUACGCCUUCGGCAAACGCAAUGACAAAUGACAAAAUAUUGGAAAAAGGUAUGGAAAGUUUAGUCUCGAGCCAAGUUUGCGGGAUUAAGGGAUAUAGCGAUAAGAGUGACAAGGAUGAGAAGGAAUAUAAGAGAGCUGUGGAAGACGGGCGGAUGCGGGUGCGGGUGCGGCGCGUCAAUGUAAAACGUAAAGCCGCACCAAUGAAUCUGUCGAGAAAGGCAAAGUCGUUCUUUCGAAAGAAAUCCCGUUUGGCGCGUACAGAUUCCGCGUGCACUCUGAUACUGCCCGGUUAUCGUUGCGCCGCGCGCGUUAAAGGUAAACGACGAUACGAAAAGACUCACGCCCACGCCCACGGUCGCUCGAAGGUAAAUCUACCGUUACACCGAAGAAACGGAAUAAAUAGUAUGACGUGGAAUUCUAUAUUAGUAAAAUACAACGCGUCAAAACAAGGCCGAAUCACGUCUCGUUUAUCGACGAAUCCACGAGUGGGAACGUCAUUCGAGAAGCCAUCGUCCAUUCCUCUAGAAACUCGAGAGCUAUUGAACAAAAGUUAUUGGGAAUAUUACUGGAAACUCGGACCACUCCGACGCAAGAUCGCGUCGGCCAAGCCGGAUAACGCGGCGGCGUUAGGAAGACAAAGACAAAAAGAUAGAGAAUGUUCGAACGAGGACCAUUUACCUGAAUCUCAAACGCUACGACAAUGCUCCGUACUCUCUUGCAUGAUCAAUACGGCGCUUCGAGACUCGACGACUGCCGAUGGAAGACCGCCUUCGGAUCCUGCAGCUGCAAACGUAACGUCUAAUGCGCGUGAAAGCGUUUGCCAAGUUUCUGCCGUUUCUGGAUUGUCAUCCGUGUUUGCGAACAAGAUCAAGAUGAAACGAAAAAAGAUGAAGCGAGCGAGCAAGCGGUUGCUCGGACUUCGAGCCAUAGCGCUGCUGUGCAUCGCGAUGUAUGUCGCGGUCAUAUUUUUGCCUAUGAUGUACGACUAUUUCUUCGCCGAGGAAUACGAGGACGAGAACGCGACGUAUAUCGAACUAACGUUCCGAUACAUCGUAUCGUCGUUCGGAGAAGCUCUUGAUGGAGUUAUCGACGUCCUGACCACGAUUCUUUUACGACCAGUAAGAUUCGAUCGAAAGCAGUAAAAUCUUUAUCUCUUUCGCUCGCGCCCAAAGUCUAUAUAGGCUUAUUGCCAAAUUCAUGGUAGCAGGUAGAUUCGUUAUAUUCCAUCUCCAUCUCGUGUAUCUGCGAAAAUCGCAUUAAACGUUCUAUAGCAGCUGCAAUAAUGUGUACGUGUCGUUUUCAGCUUUCAGCGUUCGUAAUGUGAAAUAAACGUGAUGUGUGUAAUGUGUAAUAACGCACGUUUUUUGAAUCU